CUUCUAUUUCCGUUGUAUGAGGUGAUCGUCUGGCCUGAGACAAUUUGUCGCACUAUCGAGUCUUCUGUUUCGAGAUGGCAGGAUUUUUCAAACCUCAAAGUGGAAAGCCGUUUAUUCUCGUCUCCAAGAUUAAAUUUGAUGACUAUGAUACUGAUCAAAGUGGUUAUCUGGACCUCCAAGAGCUAAAAGCGGUUCUUUACGAUUUAGGAAUGAGGACCAGUGAAACUGACCUCGUCGGAGCAUUGCUGGCAUUGGAUAAGGCAAAAGAUGGGCGAGUCAGCUACGAUGAGUUUAAAGAGUGGUAUCGAGAAAGAGAAAAGCGUGUUGAUGCCUUGACGUUGACUGAGGAUUCACAGCGUGUGCUGUCACAGGCGAUUCAAUUCUUCAAGGAUCAUGAUACAGACAUGUCUGGUGAAAUCGAUCGUCAUGAAUUUGAGCUGAUGUAUCGUGAUCUGAGAGAUAAGUGGAGAAUUGUCAGCAAUGAAUUCAGUACCUUCGAUGAGCUCUAUGGGUCGUUUGAUCGAAAUCGUGACGAGAAGGUUUCACUGGAAGAAUUUGUGCAAUGGCUGGUUGAUGCAGGCUCAAUUAGAGUCUCUACUGAAGCAGACUGAAGUUGAGUGUUUUCACUCAUUUUGCACUUUGUAGUGUGAUAGUUGGCUUUGUAGUGAUGGUUUAUUAUGAUACUUACACACACACACACACACACACACACACACACACACACACACACACACACACACACACACACACACACACACACACACACACACACACACACACACACA